CUGCACUCCAAUUCUGACAAAGGUGAUGGGUCUGUCAAGUACAUCCUUACUGGAGAAGGUGCCGGGACUAUAUUUAUUAUUGAUGAUACAACGGGCGACAUCCACUCAACGAAAAGCCUAGACAGAGAGCAGAAGACUCAUUAUGUGCUUCAUGCCCAGGCUAUUGACAGACGGACAAACAAACCUCUUGAACCUGAAUCUGAGUUCAUCAUCAAAGUACAAGACAUCAAUGACAAUGCUCCAAAAUUCACUGAUGGACCGUACAUUGUCACUGUGCCUGAAAUGUCAGAUAUGGGUACCUCUGUUCUACAGGUGACAGCUACUGAUGCAGAUGACCCUACCUAUGGAAACAGCGCUCGGGUGGUUUACAGUAUUCUCCAGGGACAGCCCUACUUCUCUGUAGAUCCUAAAACAGGAGUUAUUAGAACUGCCUUACAUAACAUGGACAGAGAAGCCAGAGAACACUACUCGGUGGUCAUUCAAGCCAAAGAUAUGGCUGGGCAAGUUGGAGGGCUUUCAGGAUCUACAACGGUCAACAUCACCUUGACCGAUGUCAAUGACAACCCACCACGGUUUCCUCAGAAUGCUACCAUGCUGAAGAUCAUUGUUGGGGAUGUAGAUGAACCACCGCUAUUUUCCAUGCCUUCCUAUGUCAUGGAAGUCUAUGAAAAUGCCAAGAUCGGGACCAUUGUGGGCACAGUUUUAGCACAAGAUCCUGACAGCGCUAACAGCUUAGUAAG